GACCUGCAGGGUUCAGAGGAAAGAGAGAUGCUGAGACGUCCCUGCACAGGUGCGAUGGAGAGUGAGAAUGUGGAGCAGAAGUCUCCGCAGGAAGUGGACUCAGACGGAGCAUCAUCGCAAAGGUCGAAAGGGGAUGUGUCCAGGAGUCACGAGCAGGGUCAAUCCUGUGAGAUUCAGCACAGAGCAGAGAGAGAGGAGGUGAACCAGCCCGAGGAGAAAUCGGGAACAUUGAUUUACUGCCAGGGAACACACCAGGACCUCAAGGAAACCACAGCCCAGCAGAAACUCCCCAGGGGAACGAAAAGAAACACGUGCGCUGAGUGUGGGAAAACCUUUAGUCGCUGCUCAACCCUCACUAAACACCAGAGAACCCACAGAGCAGAGAGACCCUUUGAAUGCUGCGAGUGCGGGAAAACCUUCCUUUGGCACUCACACCUUAUUGCCCAUCAGAGAGUCCACACCGGUGCGAAACGCUCCGAGUACCGCGAGGGCGGGAAAACCUUCCCUCCGAACGCAAACCUGACUGCGCAUCACAGAACCCACACGGGGGAGAAGCCUUACGAGUGCGGCGAGUGUGGGAAAACCUUCACUCAGAGCUCAGACCUCACCACGCACCAGAGAAUCCACACCGGGGAGAGACCCUAUGAAUGCCGCGAGUGUAAGAAAAGCUUCAUUCGACGCUCGCACCUGAUCACGCAUAAGAGAAUCCACACAGGGGAGAGGCCCUACGAAUGCUGCGAGUGCGGGAAAAGCUUCACUGCCAGCUCAAACCUCAUUCAGCAUCAGAGGAUCCACACAGGGGAGAGGCCCUAUGAAUGCUCUGAGUGCGGGAAAAGCUUCACUCAAAGCUCAGAUCUUACUACGCAUCAGAGAAUCCAUACAGGGGAGAGACCCUACGUAUGCUGUGAGUGCGGGAAAAGCUUCAUUCGACGGUCACACCUGAUUACGCAUCAGAGAAUCCACACAGGGGAGAAACCCUAUGAAUGCUGCGAGUGCGGGAAAAGCUUCACUGCCAGCUCAAACCUCAUUCAGCAUCAGAGAAUCCACACGGGGGAGAGGCCCUACCAAUGUUGCGAGUGCGGGAAAAGCUUCGCUCAGAGCUCAGAACUUGCUACGCAUCAGAGAAUGCACAAGGGCGAGAGACCCUAUGAAUGCAGUGAGUGUGGGACAAAUUUCACGGAUCGCUCCGCCUUCCUCAAUCAUCAGCGAAUCCACACCGGGGAGAGACCCUACGUCUGCUUUGAGUGCGGGAAAACCUUCACGCGGAGCUCAAACCUCAUUACCCACCAGAGAAUUCACACGGGUGAGAAACCCUACGAAUGCGGCGAGUGCGGGAAAAGAUUCACUCACAGCUCAAACCUUAUCACGCACCAGCGAAUCCACACGGCGGAAAGGCUCUAUCAGUGUGAGUGUGGGAAAAGCUUCGCGGAGAGCUCGGCCCUUCUUAAACAUCGGCGAAUCCACGCAGCAGACAAACCCUACGAAUGCGGCGAGUGCGGGAAAACCUUCACUCGGCGCGCCGCCUUCAUCUCUCAUCAGAGAAUCUGCAAGGGAGAGAAACGCCAGAAAAACCGUUAGGGCUACCGGAAUUGUAGCUACCGGAAUUGUGCCGUUAGGGCUACCAGAAUUGUGCCAAUUCCCACGUAGUAACCUUUCAGGCUGUUUGCACCGUUUGCAGCACUGUUAUCCCUCAGCUUGGCCAGAUGAGUGGCCCAUUUUUGCCGUUCGCCCUGUUUUGAGGUGGUCCCAAUUGUCCUUUCUAUCAACUCCGUUGUCCCAUGAGUAAUGGGAGUGCCUGCCUCCUUCCAGGAACCAGGGAGCGUCGCAUUUAUACCGUUCCUGCUAUUGCAAAGGCACCGCUAGAGUCACCAGUGAUACAGGUCGCUCUGGGUUGUGCUGAAGAGCAGUUAUUUGUGGACGUUUUUUUAAUUUUCAUUUUAAAUAUAUUUAAAUACAGUGAAAAGCAGGUGGUGCAGGGGGAAAGUGUCAUUUCAGCCUCUGUGACACUGGAAGGAGAUGGGCUGACUCAGAGAGAUUCCCUCCUUCCCCAUCGUUCCAGAACUGUUACCUCCUGUCUGAGCCAUGCAGAGUUUAUCCUCUUCACAUUCAGAGUGUCGUGUGGUGCAGUGUUCUCAGCUGUCUGGGCUUGGAGAUGACGUUUUGACUUCUUUAAUCCUAGAUCGGAGUCGCUGUGAGUGGAGAUGAAAGUGUCGAAGACCUGGGAGGGGAAUUCAGAUGGAUCCCAAACGCAGUGGGAUCAUUUGGAGUUUAAAUCCCAGGUUCCAUCUAUCGGUAAAGCCACUUCUGGCAAGGGGGCUGUUCCCCCCCCCACACUGUGAGGAUGCUAAAACUUUUGUAUAUAAUGUAACUCAAAAAAUGAGACGGUACUUAGUGAAGCAGGUUUGAGUGGAUCAGAGGAGAAUGUCCUGGGAGACUCUUGUCUUGAGUCUGAGUGAUCAGAUGUAACCUGCUCUGGAUUUUCCCUUGACACUUUUAUUGUCAUGUAUUGUCUCCCUCUGUGAUGUGGGUUUCUAGCUCUCCCGAAGGCUGGUUGGUCGCCCAGCUGGAGAUUAGUUUAGUUGGACAGGCUGGAGCUCAGAUUUAUUGAAGACUUUGAGACAUGUGACCAUUCGCUAAAGUCAUGACUUCUCACUUCAGCGCUGCGUUUCCCCACCUCUCCACGAUGACGUGGAGAAAGUUCAAGUGCAGUUCUGUCAGCAGGAGCGAACUCUCCAAUUCACUGGCCAUGCUAACGAAGAAACACUGCUGAUUUCAAAUCUCCACUCAGAAAUCAGGCUCUACGGAAGGUCUCUCCUAGCUAAUCCCAUGCUAUGGGAAAUGCUGCCCUUCACGACACAGGGUGUGGAAGCAAUAGAAGUGGGGGUUUUUGUUGAAUUUAUCCUUUGUAGGAGCCACAAAUGUGUGUAAAAUGAAACCAGUGUUAAAAAUGUAAUAGCUGCAGAAAAAUAGCCGAUUUUGAAUAGAAAUGUCGCUUCUGGUAACUUAGAGAGAUCCCGAUCCAGGCCUGUCGCUAGUUCCUAGCCGUGACCUGUGCCACCGAAUUAAAGCAACGCUGGGGAUGUUUGGGGAAGCCGUUCCGCACUAGCCCGGCUGAGAUUUUUGAGUGGUUUGGUGAAGGGUUCUACUUCAGAGCCAUGUACAUUUACUAUAACCCAGGCCAAUGAUUUAGAAAGAAGGGUAGAAAUAGUACCGGUACAUACCCGGGUCUUGGGUUUCACCCAGUAAGGGAAGCUAUGGUGAGCCACGGCCCAAGGAAAAUUGUUCCUAGAACACCGCUCCCUAGUUCAGUGUCACGCUUACAGUCCCAAAGGAUCCCACGGUUAGAUUGAGCACAAGCAGCCUUCACUCUUUGGCUCCAAAGUUUCCUAAGGCAGAGAGAGAAAGAGAGUUCCUCAGCGGACGUUCCUUCCCCGGGGAGCCCAGCCUGGCUGCCUGGGUAGCAAGGACUUUCAUGCAGCGGAAAUAACGGUAACCAGCGAGGGUCUGAAUGUGUCGGGCUCCAGUAUCAGAGGGCAGGGUACCCGCACGCUGAGCCCGAUUCUCUGGUUUUCUCUCUUAGGGCUUGUCUACUGCACUUAAAAUGCUGCAUCGGUAAGGAGGAGACUCUCAAAUGAGACGCUUUCCUGGCCACACGGCGCUGUCUAUAUGGGGCGUUGGGUCAGUAUAACCCAUCGCUCAGGGGCGUGGGUUUUUCACACACCUAAGCAAUGCAGCUGUACCGAUAUGGGGCUGGAGCGUAGAGCAGAUUUUGGUUUUGCUCCUGUGUUUUGUGCAUUUGCAUCGCUUCUCCGCUACGUCCUCCUCCUCUGAAAGGUUAAAAAGGGUGAAAAUACACCGGAGGGGGUUUUUCUCAUGCUGCAAACGUUCCCACAGAGGAGACCCCUUCCACCCACACACGUGGCAGGAGUUCUGGAGAUAUGUGAACUCACGUAAGUGGGAGGCACCUGUGUUUGACCAACCACAACUUGACUCAGAGGUUGACUAGGUGACAAGUAAGUGAAAACGAACACGUAUGACAAGCUUUUGUGAUCUUGGAACAUGUGACCUGGUUUUAGAGCGUUGUAUGUUAUUGUUUGAGGGGUCACCAAUUGAUCUGACCAGAAGAGAAGUUUCUUGUCCCCGAAUCAGGCUCCCUGUGGGAACCAGGUGCGAUCACCUGAAUUAUAUUGGAAACCUGAAA